UGUAGAGAGAGAAUCUGGGUAGGGAGGAGAGAAGAGAGAAGAGAGAAGGUGUAAGAAAGAAAAAGGAGAAGAAAAAUGGAAGGAGAAGAGGGAGGAAUAAGGCUGAGCAAGAGAUUUUCAGAUAAAGACAAAGGUGAAGUUGAUUACAAGACGAAAGCAGGAACAGCGUGGAGCCACUCUUACCUAAACCAAAAGCCAUGGCAUCCUCUCUCUUAUCCCAACCAACGCCGCAAGUGGAUCGCCGAACAGACCCACGCCAACCGCGAGCGCCGUGCCGAAGAAGUCGCUCGCGAGUAUGCUCAGGAGCAGGAAUUCUUUCGGCAAACUGCUCUCAUCUCCAAGAAAGAAAAAGAAAAGGUGGAGAUGAUGAAAGCUGUUAGCUUCAUGUAUGUUCGGCCACCCGGUUACAACCCAGAAAGUGCAAAAGCUGCAGAGCUUGCUGAUGCUGAUGAUGACAAAACCGAACACCAGCCACCUGAAUCUGUGCCCAUUAGAGAUCGUUCUGGUGAAGAAAAGAAGAAACCGAGGCCAAAGGAUGUUUUUGGCCGGCAUUUACCAACUGAAGAGGAAUUUGAAGUUUUGAAAAAUGCUCCUCGGUUGGAGACUGGAGUUGCUGGAAGGGUGAAACCAUUUGGAGUUGAAGUGCGCAAUGUGAAAUGUCUAAGAUGUGGAACUUAUGGUCAUCAAAGUGGUGAUCGUGAAUGUCCAUUGAAAGAUGCUAUAAUGCCUAACGAAGAGAGUCGAUUGAAAAGAGAUGACCCCUUAAAUGCCAUCAUUGCCCAAACAGAUCCCAGUGAGCCUCUAAAGUGGGAGCUCAAGCAAAAACCGGGAAUUAGUCCUCCUCGUGGAGGAUUCAAACCAGAUGAUCCUAACCAGCAAAUAGUUGCUGAGGACAUAUUUGAUGAGUAUGGAGGGUUCCUCGGUGGGGGUGAUAUCCCCCAGUUGCUGUCGAACUUCUCUAGCAAACCCAAGAAGUCCAAAAAGAAGCAUAAGCAAAAGAAGCAGCAGUCACCAUCUGUUAGAGAAUCUAAAGACACAUAUGAAAAUGAGUUUUCUGAGGAUGUGGAGAGGAGGACAAAGAAUAAAAAACAUAGGGUGAAGGAAAAAAGGCGAAAUAGUUCUGAAUCAAGUUCAUCAGACAGGUCAGAGUUUGAUAGACCCAAACAGAGCAGACACAAGCAUUCUUAUUUAUCUGAAGAUUCGGAUGCUGACAGAAAUUGUAGAAGUAAAAAGAGCAGAGACAAGCAUCCUUACUCAUCUGAAGAUUCUGACUUUGAUAGGAGUCAUAGAAGUGACAAGAGUAGACACAAGCGUUCUUGUUUUUCUGAAUAUUCCAACCUUGAGAGGCAUCAUAGAAAUGACAAGAGCAUACACAAGGGUUCAUAUUUAUCUGAAGAUUCCGACCUUGAGAGGCAUCAUGGAAUUGACAAGAGCAGACACAAGCAUUCCUAUUCAUCUGAUGAUGCUGACCCAGAGAAGCAUCAUAGAGGUGACAAGAGUAGACACAAGCUUACACAUUCAUCUAAAGAUUCUGAUUCUGAGAGGCAUCAUAGAAGUAAAAGGAGCAGGCAAAAGCAGUCUUAUUCAUCUGACGAUUCUGACCCUGAGAAGCAUCGUCGAAGCAAAAGGAGCGGGCAAAAGCAGUCUUAUUCAUCCGAAGAUUCUGACCCUGGGAAGCAUUGUAGAAGCAAAAGAAGCAGGCAAAAGCAAUCAUAUUCAUCCGAAGAUUCUGACCCUAGGAGAUAUCAUAGAAUUGACAAGAGCAGAAACAAGAGUUCUCUUUCACAUUCAAUUGAAGAUUCUGAUAAAGGGCAUCAUAGAAGUAAAUAUCAUCGUUAAUAGCAGCACGAUCACUGUCAUCAGUCUAAUCCUUCAGCAGAAUGAGAUUCCAAAAUUCCUUUAUAUAAUGAGCGGGCUGGAUUAGUUCUAUCUCAUUGCAAAUUAACAAUCUUUGCCAUCAAAAGCAAAAACUAUUGUAAAGGAAUCAAUUCUUUUGGGUUGUUUUGUAUGGAAUGAGAAGGCUGGAUAAGUUCAGAUGGGGGGAGAUAAGAGAGGAGAGGGGAAGGGUGGCAGAAUAAUCUCUGCUGGAAACAUAUUGUAAAGGAAUCAACUCUCUUGGAUUGUUUUGUAUGGAUCAAGGAUGCUGAUUAUUUAUGUUACUAUAAGAUGCUUGGUUCCUGUCAAACCUUAUUGUCUUACAUUUGGAUUGUUAAAUCCGUUAGUCAUGUUGCCCUCAUUGUAGGGACAUCAGUUCAUCAUUUACCUAGUGUUCCACGUUAGUAAUAAUACUUGAAUGAGCUUCU